UACAGCAAAUUUUUGUUUAGUAUCUCAAUCUCGCUAUUGGUUUUUGACAUAAACUUGUAUAUCAAGUGUAGGAUUUCGAUAGCAUAGGUGUCCGGUUUGAAAAAAUAAAACUAUAUUAUUGGGUCACAAAUUCAUAUACAGCAUAGUUGGUCCACUAAUACUACAUCUGGUCAUCACUUACUAUACAUUUAAGCAGAAGCAUCAAUGAUAGGAUUCAUUGGCGCCGGAAAGAUAGCCCAGUCUCUGAUGAAGGGAUUGGUAACAGCGGGCAUUUCUAGAGCUGAUAGGAUAUUGGCCAGUGCUCCCAAAGCUGACUUCAAGUGCCAUCAGGACACUCAGUCGUUGGGCUGCAGAACCACUUACGACAAUAAAGAUGUGGUAAACAAUUCAGAAAUAGUUAUACUGGCAGUUAAGCCGCCUGUGAUACCGGCGCUACUUCAAGAGAUUCAUUCAAAUGUUUCGUCUAAUCAUUUAUUAAUAUCAAUAGCAUUGGGAAUACAGAUAGAAACCUAUGAAACGGCAUUACCCGCCAAUAGUCGAGUUGUUAGAGUAAUGUCAAACACACCGGUUCUCAUUAGAGAAGGGGCGUCAGUCUUCUCGUGCGGAACUAAAGCUACCAAAGCUGACGCACAGACAGUCAGAAAGUUGUUUACAAGUGUCGGUAUGUGUGAAGAGAUACCUGAAUCGCUUAUUGAUGCGGUUACUGCACUGAGUGGUUCGGGACCAGCUUAUUUGUACACUUGUAUGGAAGCACUGGCCGAUGCCGGUGUCCUCCAAGGAAUACCCAGAGAUCUAUCGCUAAAACUAGUGGCGCAAACACUAAUUGGAGCCGCCCGUAUGGUUCUCGAGACAGAUAAACAUCCGGCAGCUCUUAGGGAUGACGUGUGUUCACCGGCCGGCUGUACCAUUCAGGCUAUGUAUCACUUGGAAAAACACGGUUUACGGCCACUGCUGAUGGAGGCCGUGGCCAAAGCUACCGAUGUUUGCAAAUAUAAUACUAAAACUAAUGGUUAUAGUGUUGCUUAGUGGGGGGAAAAACAACACACAAUCAAUCGAUCAAUAAUUAUAACAACAAAAAACAACAUUUUGAUUGUUACCGGUAAUGGUUUAACAAAAAAAAAAUCAUAUUUAAAAUAU